AUAUUUUUAUCGAUCGUGGUCGAUUGCGCCAUUGACACGCGAGGGGUGGGAAAAUGACUUCUUGUAAUAAAAAGAGAACUUUAUUAGAGAAAUUCUCUAUUCCGAUCGAGCAUUUAGAUUUUAAAUAUAUAGAAAGUUGUUCGGAUGUUGUGGAAAUUAGCCGUAUAUUAAGAAUAUUGAGGUCGGGAGAAGAAGGUUUCUACCCGCAAUUGACCGAAAGGUGCGAACAACGCCUACAGCAAUUAGAUCCAAAGAAUAAGCUGUUACGUCAUCUAACUCCCGCCUGUCAUUCGUCCGAAUUACCAAUUGAUCAGAAGGAAAGUCUCCUUCGAGACUUAGAGAAAUCAAUCGAUCAAAUGAAGAUACUGGAAGGAGAAUUGCGAAAACAUAAUCAAGAUCUAUGGGAAUUACCGGAUAUCCGUAGAGCGGAAGCGGUUAUUAAUCCCAAAAAUAAAGAAAAUGCUAGUAAAAUAAAAAAAAUAAAACCCUCUACUUACGCCGAGUGGGAUAGGUUCGACGUGCAGGAAGAACUGGAUAAAUUGGACAACGAGAAGCCGCAUUCGACGGUCGCCAAAUCCAAAAUCGGCCUCGCCGUCGACGGUUGGGAUGCGAGCAGAGAAGAACGUUCGCUUAUAGCCGAACACGAAAGACUUAAAGGAAACGAGGCAUACGCCGCGGGAGAUUACGAAGAAGCCAAGCUGUAUUACGACCGGAGCCUGUCUGCCGUUUUAGAUCCCGUCACUCUCAAUAACAGAGCCCAGACGUAUAUUAAGAUGAAGAAUUAUAAUGCCGCCGUAGAAGAUUGUAAUCAAGUUUUAUUACACGAACCCAAAAAUAUUAAAGCGUUGUUAAGAAGGGGAACCGCUUAUAAAUGUAACUUGAAUUAUGAAGAUUCUCUAAAGGAUUUCGAAUCGGCAUUAGAAUUGGAGCCGAAUAACCAAAUGGCACAAAAGUCGGUUUUGGAAAUGAGAAAGAAUUUAUUGCAAAAUAAACAAGAACAAAAAACAAGACUUUUAAUUGAAGAAAUAUAAAUUUCUUAUUGUUUAAUAUUUAUUUAUUUAUUUAUUGUAAUUUAUUAACUUGGCAAGUAGCCGAUAU